GUUCGCACAACGACCACAAGAUGGCGCUGAACGUCGUCGGUCUAAUCGGGAUCAUCGUCUUCUACGUGUUGAUCCUCGUCGUAGGGCUGUGGGCGUCGCGCAAGGCUAAACAGACGGGCGUGACUGCGGACAGUGAGGAUGUGAUGUUGGCCGGAAGAAACAUCGGCAUGAUCGUCGGCGUGUUCACGAUGACCGCCACGUGGGUGGGAGGAGGUUACAUUAAUGGAACAGCCGAGGCCGUGUUUACAUCCGGGAUAGUGUGGUGUCAAGCUCCUUUCGGCUAUGCGCUUAGCUUAGUGUUCGCUCUAGGGGCGACCAUUAGUGUGAUCAUGGAUCUGGAUGUAAUGAUCUCUAUCAUAGUAUCUGUACUUUCAGCGACGGUGCUGUCGGCCAAGAGUUCCCGCGCACCAGUGCGCAGGCGCCUCUCCUACAUCGCCGCUGUCGCUGCUUUGGUCAUGCAAUUGCCACCCGCGCUCAUAGGCGCAUUGGCAUCCUCGAACAAAUUUGUGUUACUCUAUAACUGGAAACUUACUUUGAAAGCCAGCGAGCUGGGGCCCAUCUGCUCGUUUCGAUCCGAGUCAGCGGCCUCCGAGCGCGAGGUGCUCUGCGUCAUGCGCGUCGCGAUCUUCGGCGUCGGCGCCAUGGCAACGGUGAUGGGCAUCACGAUCGAAUCCAUCUACGGUCUCUGGUUCCUCUGCGCCGACCUCGUCUACGUCAUGCUCUUUCCUCAGCUUCUCGCCGUCGUUCACAUGGACUUCACGAACACCUACGGCAGUCUGUUCGCGUACAUCGUCGGUCUCGUGCUCCGUCUAGGCGGCGGUGAGCCGUUCCUGCAUCUGCGCGCCUUCAUCAAAUACCCGAACUACGAUUACGUCAACCACGUGCAGAGGUUUCCAUUCCGGACUCUGUCGAUGUUGGUGACGCUGGCGGCCACCGUGGGGAUGUCUCUAACGGCGCGCGCGGUGUUUGAACGCGGCUGGCUGCUGCCGCGCUGGGACGUGUUCCGGUGCGUCGUCAACAUCCCCGAAGAUAAGCAGCAGAUAGGCGACGACGACGUCGGCGAGAUGACGGUGAUGGGAGCGGUGAAGGCGACGCGGGGCUACGACGCGACGGCCGACGACGAGGCGUCGAUUCUGAUGGCGAACGGCGGGAAGACGAACAAAGCGUUGGACGUCGGCGACGGCAACGGAGACGUCGGCGCGCGCAUGCUCCCGCCGACGUACGAGAGCCUCUCCGGGAGGGAUGGCAGCGGCGGGAUGUAG